CGUACGACACGCACACAUGGCCACUGAAGGAAGGCAGAAGGAAGAAGAGCUCACAGAAGAGUGGGGAUGGGGUAGAGGCUAUGGCCUACAUAAAGAAUCCCCUGCUGAGGGACAUCGACACAGAAUGUGCUGGAGAAUACAGCACUAUUCCAUAUGUGGUCUCAAAGGGCCCAACAGCAAAUCAUGCGAAAAGCCACUGCAGAUUCCUCUCUUUGGGCUCUGUGCUGAGCUUUGACCUACCUAAGGACAUGAGCCUCAUCCCCAGCAUUCAAGACAUCAUUACCAUCGCCCCUCCGGAGUCCAAAAAGGGAGCAGGGACUGAUCCUGACCCCCACUCCCAGAGACACACAGCCCUGAGCUCCUUCAAACAGACUCGACCCCCUCCUGCCGUCACACACAGCUCAGCAGAGCUCAGUUUUUCUGACACACGGACUGCGACGGCUGUAGUGAAAGAUGUGCCUGAUGUGGAAAAGAUUCCCCAAAUGCAACCUCCUCUCUCCUCGGAAAGAGAUGAGGACCGGACUGCCCCGUGUACCGGCCUGUCUAAAACCCAGUACAGCCGGCACAAGUGCGCAGAACAGGAGUGGGACAGAAUGUCAUCAGAGGUCAAAACCAGUACAGCUGAAAGAGAUGGGACAAGCCAGCAUUCCAAAUUCCCUAUUUAUGUGAACCACGGCCAAAAUACAGCUGCACAUAAACACGAGUGCCCCAGUGUCCACACGCUCAUCCGAGACCUAAAUGGACACCAGUAUCAUAAACACGCAAGACCCCAGAGUGUGCAUGAAGAGAGUCCUAGACUGCAGUGUCAAGCUUCUCAUAUGGUCGUGAAUUUGAAGUCAACGGUGAGCGUUCGCCAGGACUCGGUAGACUCCGGAAUCUCCACCUCCAGCAGCAUCAAGCUUUGCCCUGAGGCCCCAUGUCCAGAUAAGCCCAAGGGCAUGGUGGGGAGGCUCAUGUCCUUUGAGGUGGGGGGUCUAGACUGCGCUAAGACGAAGGAUAACACUUUAACAUCAUCGGCUUCAUCAGCAGAGCCCGAAACGGAGCCCGUCGACCUCGACCGCCAGCAGUUUGAGGAGGAAGAGGAGGAGCUGGAGGACAUCUGGAACCGGACUACGAAGUACAGACAGAGCAUCUGCUCAGACAUCAUGUACCAGCCCAACCACGCACCCUCAGACCAAUCUAAGGAGAACCUCUCACGCUCACCUUCGCCCAAGACCCCGGCCGUGCUCUACAGGAACCUGGUCACAGCCUCAGCACCCAACCUCCUCGUGGCGGAGUUUAAACUGCCCCCCUACCUUCAUAGCUUGCUGGGUUACGACAAAGAGCAGAGCCCCAAAGGUCGCCUGCCUCCGUUGGCCACGGGAGACAGGAGGUCCUGGGCGGCGUUUCCUAACAGGGAACCGGCCGGCAAGACCUCAGUGGCUGUGAAUGAGACGGCGUCCGAUCCAGUGAAGCUGCCAGAUGUGGCGGACAAUCAGAGAUAUAUCUAUCAAUACAGAGAGGAUGAGGAAGAGGAGGAGGCAAAGGUGGGGGAGGAGAUGGACGAGCAUGCAGGUUCUUUGAAGGACCAGUCUAUGGGUCUAGUGUCAGUUCACAUGGGUUUGGACGGGGUCUGUCGGGAAAGAAAAGCCUCGCAAAGCCCUGACAACACGGAGAAGCAGGAAGAAUCGACGGCCACAGGAGGGCGAUGUAUCACCCUGAGUGGAAAGCCAGAGCUGCAGUCUAUGGAGGGAACGCUUGAAAGAAAGCACAAGCUGCAGCUGGGAGGAAAGAAAGCUGCCUCCAGAGGCUGGAACUCCUACCAUGCCGUCCUAUACAGACACACCUUGUGCUUCUACCAGGACAGAAAGGAUACUCUGAGGAGCUCUGCAUGUGGCCUGCCGCUGAACCUCAUGGGAGCUGAGUGUUCACCUGCACCAGAGUACACCAAGAAACCCAACUGCUUUCAGCUACGGCUCCGCGAUGGCUCGGAAUAUCUGCUCAAUGCCUCCUCGUGCUUCAUGAUGAAGAAAUGGAUGAUGAAAAUACAAGCAAACACAGGUCGGAGUGAGUUUGCGUCUUCAGGUGUCCCCGCUGAUCCAGACCUCCCCAUUUCCCUAAAGCCCUUCCUCUGCUCCGGUUGCCACGGUCUCGCCAAAUGCCACUGCUCCUCCCGCCGUGAUGUCACCUCCACGUUCCCCAGGCGCAAACCGCCGGGCGCUGCCCAAACCAAGGAGAUAUUUGUCCUCACCAGAGAGUUCGGUCACGUCCCGCAGAGUCAUUUAAGGAGUGUGGAUGAGCGGUCGACCAUCCCACCCUCAGAAGCAGGUCGCCGCGAUGACGAUGAUGAAGACAGUUUAAAGCAGACACUGACUCACAGGCUGUCUGGAUCAUCCAGAGACAACACCUCCUCCUCCACCUCCUCCCCUCUCUCCCCUGUCUCCAGCUGCGAGGAUUGGCUCAGCAACAAGCGUCGCUCCCACUCCUUCACGUCAGCAACGUUUCAGAGGAUCAAACCCAUGUUGCACACACCUGGAGGCAGAGGCCCGGAAAGAGGCUCCAACUACUGUGUGACUCUGGUGGUUGGAGACAAGUCGUCAGACGGGCCGUCUGUAAGCAGAAGCUCUGAGCCGCCGCUGAUGGCUGCUGCUGGAUGGCAACAGGACACCAGUCAGGACUCUGCUGUGAGGAGCUACACCAGCCUGCCGAGGCCACGCAACAAGUCCGUCUUCAAAAAGUUCUUCGGGAAAAGGGACGUUUGAGUUUUCCUUUUUUUACUAAUAAAGGUUUUUACUAAUAGUUUCUAAUGUGCAGUGCACAUAUUUGUUGAAAAGCAAAAAAAAAAACACUACUACUGACUGUAUUUAUGAUCGGAAGAGCUACCACAGUUUAUUUUUGAUGUGUUUUAUAUAAAUCACUUCCAGUCCUUCUGAGUGUUUAUAUUGUUCUUUUUCACUUUUUCUUAUGAAUGAACAAUACUGUGUGAGUGUGCACUGUGUAGUUGUAGAUGUGAUUCUUUGAAAAACACGUCUUAUUUCAUAUUUCCUUUUAUAGUUUUUGGAUUGUUGAGUUACUGAGUAAAGAGUCCCUGUAUAAAGAACCCGACCUGCUCAGUAGAUAAUCAGUUUAGAAACUGACUCAGUAUUGGCCAAGCAUUAACAAUAUCCUGACACUUCAUGUGUACAGCGUGUGGAGCACCAAAACAUUUUCUUCCUUAUAAUAAAAUCAGCAGUUUGAUACUGCUUGAGCUUGUUUGAU